AUGAAGUUGAAAUAUAUCUUACUUAUAAUCUAGUUGCUUGUUUUGAUUGGCCUAUCAAAAUAUAUUGAAAUAAGUGACAAUGAUUACUAGGAAGUAUUGACCAAUCACAUAAGAUAACUUGGAAAGCCUAAAAGUAAAUCUCUUCUUUUAUUCUUCACAAAAAGAGAAUGUCAAAGUUGCUUCGAGCAUUUAAAAGAUAUGAGAGAGCUGGGAUAAAUUUCAGGAAAGUCUGGAGAUGUUUCUAUUAUAGAUUGUGACUUUGAGAGACUUAUAUGCACCCUAUUUUAAAUUGAUUAGUUUCCGCUGACUUACUUCUUGGCUGCUGAUUCAAAGGUUUAUAAAUAUACAGGAGAACUUGGUCUGAAAGACUUAUAUGAAUUCAUAAACAAAGCUUAAUAAGGGGAAGUUAGCGAUACCAUUACUCUUAUUGAUGAAAGCACUGCAAGCUUUUUGAGUGAGAUUUCAGGGUUUUUUGGGUCAGCCAAGUCAAUACUAUUGAAUUUAUCUUAGUAUUUUGAAAAUUAGAGCGAUUAAUUAGUUAACUAUAUGGGAUACUAUUACUGGUCAAGAGUUUCAAAGCUAAUAGUUUACUCCAUAGUAAUUAUUGGCCCUUUAAUGAUUGCUCUAUUUUUUUUACUUUACACUCUGGAUUUGGUGUGCUUUUGCUUUUGUAAAAGGAGAUAUGAGCAUGAAGAGCAUCAUCAUGAUGAAGAUUGUCAUCACAACCACAGUGAUUUAAAGAAAAAAUAAGAUUGA